AUGCUGGCUGAAGUGGUGGAGCAGCUGAAGAAGACAAGACUCCAAACUGAUGUUCCUGCUAGUCGUUUAAAGGAGAAACAGAGAGCAAUCAAAGAAAGAACUGAGCAGAAACAGAAAGCCAUUAAGCAGCUGAGAGAAGCUAUUGAGUCUCAUAAGCGUUCUACACAGACAACAGUGGAGGACUGUACAAGGGUCUUCACAGAACUGAUCUGCUUUAUUAAGAGAAGUUGUUCAGAGUUGACAGAGCAGAUCCGAGAUCAAGAAAGGGCUGCAGUGAGUCGAGCUGAAGGACUUAUGGAGCGAUUGAAGCAAGAGAUUGAUCAUCUGAAGCGGACAAACACUGAAUUAGAGCAGCUUUCACACACUGACUGCAAUCAUAUCCGUUUUCUUCAGAAUCUGAAGUCUCUCUCAGCUGUUCCUGACUUUACAGACAACCUCACUUUCGAUUUCUUCUUUUCCUUCAAUGGUGUGAGAAAAUCUGUCUGUCAUCUGAAACAGAAAAUGGAGGCUUUCUGCAAAGAAGAAAGGAAAAAGAUAUCUGUCACACACAGCGACAUUGUUCCCAAGACCAGAGAGGAAUUUCUUCUGUGUAAGUGACAAGAAAACAAGUACAACACU